AUGCCCCUCCCUCAACCUAAUUCCACCUUGACUGGUGCAUGCUCGGUCAUCUACGAUAACGUCCUCUAUGCAUACUCACCGGAAGCAUUCCAAUCCUUGGCCUUGGAAGAAGGCGCGAAGUGGGAAACUUUGACGGACGGAGAGUCGGUACAAGGAGGAGUAUGCGUUGGCUCUACACCAGCAGAUCCUUCCCAAGCAGGAUUAUACAUCGUCGGCGGCACAUCGACGGAUCCGAAUUACAGAGGUUUACAAAAGUUCACAUACUCGACAGGAAAGUGGGAUGCGAUUACACCGCAGGUUGCGGUUACGCAAAGUAGGAUAUGGCAUAGCGCGACUUACCUGAAUGGUUCCGACACCAUAUUGGUGUACGCCGGAUCGCAAGAUGGCGCCAAGUUCAUCUCGACACAAACUUUUACCAUCGGUGCAUCGGAACCAUACGGCGUCUCGGCCUACGAGUCCAACGCCCCCCCGGUCAUCGCACCUAUUCUACUCCCGUGGUCAGACACAGACGCGGUGAUGGUAGGUGGCGAAUCCACAAACACCAAGGUCAUGCUCUUCAACCCCGACAAGCACUGGUACGACUCCGGGGCCUCUCUGGCGACCCCGAUUGUGCAAGACACCACAGUAGUGAAGGCAACGUUAGUGACUGGUGACGAUGGCAGCAAGCACUUGUACACGUUCGAUGCCAGCACUUCACCAAACACAGUGAACCGGACAGUACUAUGGGAUGGCAAUGGGGCGCCGGUUGUGAGUUCGGUCCCAAUACGCGGCGCGGGCAGCGAUGCUGCACGACGAGCUCUGGAUGCCAGCGAUUGGCCGACUUAUAAUGCAUCUUUGGCACCGGAGUCUUCAAGAUCAGAGUACUCGCUUGCGAGUGACAACAGUGGGACUGUAGUGAUGUCUGGCGGCAACGAUGACGAUGUGCUGUGCAUGUUUAAUGGAAAGACGAAUAGCUGGCAAAACGCCACCGCCCUUCUGGUAGGCGGAACAGUACGAAGCGAGUCGGAACCGAAGACAACAUCCUCUGUCUCGCCCACCACUAUGGCAACCUCCACCUUGGCAGCAGCGGCUACGCAGAGCGCUACGACUGAUAUUGCUGCUGCUGCUGCGUCAUCAUCAAGCGGACUACCGCCAACAUCAAUUCUAGGAAUUGCUCUUGGAGUUAUCUUUGCAUGUGCGAUUAUGCUGAUCGCGUUGUUGUUCCUUAUGAAGCGCAAGAGACAAAAGCAAGCUCACGUCAGUGCUGGGCAUGCUAGGAGGGAUAGUGGCAUGCCAGAAAAGAGGGAAUAUCUUCCAAGAGACAUUGCCCAGGCGACAGGUCCCUUCUUCCCGGGACAUGCUCAGCAGGAUUCUCAAUCAUCAUUCUCCUCCAUGGCUAUUCUCAUGGGCAAAGCGCAAAAGCCGGCCCAAACACUUAACCGCAAGGCGAGCAAAGAUUCGAGACGUUCCUCGGCAAGCAGUAUCCUCAACAGACAAUUCAAAGCUACAAUCGGCCGGCCAUCACCAAUUCCCGAGCCGGAGUUUGAGUCGGACGUACUCCCGAUCGCUGAGGAGAAGGCCGGUCCAGUCAAUGUUGCAACAAGUCAAGUGAAACCCAGAGUACCGCCCAUUCCCGAUAGAGAAGACGGCACCAGAAGAAGUUCGGGAUGGAAUCGUUACUGGUCAGGUGGAAGCACACUCAACAUGAUCGGAUUCGGCAAUGCCCCGUCUCGUAGGGAAACGCAAGCAUCAGAGCAGAGCUCUCACUACUCUGAUAUGCACCGGAUGACACAAGACUCUGCAACUGUCCCGCCACUGCACGUGGCUGAGGGCAGACCGUCAUUCAGCCGUGUGCAUUCAAAUAGCCCGACGGUGUCAUAUUUUUCAAACAAUAUCAAGGAGGGCCAGUCGGCUGCACUCGAGCGGCCAGUUUCAAACGUCUCCUCGUCCGGGUAUUCCAGUGGCAUUCCUGCCAGCGUCCACGAGCAGUGGGACCCAACGAUGGCCAAGAAAGCCUGGGGCGAAGACCGCGCGCCGAGCUCGGUUUAUACCCAGAGCAUCUAUCCAACGGCACUGGGCGCACCAGGUACGAGCCGACCUACGACCGAUGUAACUGGUGUCUCUCACCAACCCCAACUUACGAUGGCUUCUACAUCGGAUAUGAGCUGGUUGAACCUGGGCGAAAACGCGCACAAGCGAUAG